CACGUUCGUAACUGUAUUCGAUUUCUUUGUGUUCCACUCCAAGCGUAAUUAUUAGUCUUUAGAUCAUGUACCGAACGUUCGUUUUAACCUUAAAUUUUGAUAACGAUAUAUGUAUUUAUUCAAUGUCACUUCGUGCAGCAACAAAGAUUGUCAGAAAGAUAACCGGACGAGAUAAUCGUGCGAUGGAAGACGUGAUUCAAACAAGGUACGAGUUUUCACAGUCGAGGAGAGACGACGAUUCUCUGCACGUCGCUUCGAAAUGUUGGGAACGUGUUAUGAACGCCGCUGUCAAGACCGGCUACAGAGAAGGGGUGCAAGACGGAACGGAUUCUGUGCUGCAGGAGGGAUUCGACAUGGGUUAUAGAGAUGGCUUCGAGACCGCUUUCACGUUGGGAAGAUACAAAGGCUUGACUGUUGCUGCUACGUCGACGCCCACGCUGGAGCAUCCCGUGGACGUGUCCGCCGCUCUUGACAAAACUAGACGCGGCGCGUGUUGGAUAUGCGACACAGAGUCGCGAAAUGAAGCCUCCGACCCAUCGGAGGACGCCCCGUUCUCCGAAGUCCUGAACAAACAGAGAACACACUGUGCGAAAGUGAUAAGUAGGCUACACGAGUACCUCGAGCCGAUCCUGCAGAAGUCGGGCAUCAGAAUUAAUUCGACUCUUUAGAUAUAUUUAUAUAGGUAGCAUUUAUAUAAAAUGAAUUAUUAAAUUAUUUGGUACCUAAUAACAUUGGUUUUGUAGAGACAUUGCUAUAAAGAAAUUGAUUUCCUACAGAAAGUUUUUAUUGAGACACUCGAAUAGUUUCGCAGUUCAAUUAUACAGAGAUUAAUUAUUGAUAAUAAACGCUUAUAAAUAUAA